UGAGCACAAACAGCUGCGAAGAGACGGACACAAUUUCGAGCAGCAGAAAAUUAAAUUUUCCUAAGAUAAAAUUAAUAAUAAGUGAACAUGUGGGAGCCGCCACGACUAAGUGCAUCGCUGCGUGCAAAAACAGAAUUGGAAUCGAGGCCACAGCGCUUCAAUGGACUAUCUCAUGAACGUUCAGCAAUUACAACUGCAGCGGCGUCCACGACGACAAGUUUCACUGAGAAAAGCGAACAAACCAUUGUCAAAGUGCUGGCACAGUUGCCGACAGAAAAACAGCCGGCUGCAAAAGUGCAACUGCAAAAACUACGCAAUCUUGUGCAGGAAUGCAUGGGAUACGAGGAGCAGCCCCAGGUGGUAGAGCAUGCAGCACUAUAUCUGUUCUGGCUGAUGCUAGAUCAACACGUGUUGCUGGUGGCCACCACAACACGACUGCACGCCAUGUUCGGCAACACAUUCGAUCGGAAGCAGACGCAAAUCCACAACGCUGUCCGAUCCAUAGCGGAUGCUCUACAGGAGGAUGAGUUACAGGCUCUGAAGCGAUGGAUGCAGUCACAGCGCAAGACUUACGACAGCCCGCUGUGGGGCGAAGAUAUCCACAUUAGUUGUACGCCGGCGGACAGACUGGACAUCAGCUUGCUAACGAAUCUAUCGCCAGGAGCCGCGCUCAAGAACCGCACAAUCAACAAGUUCACCAUGAAGUAUAAGACGCAAGGUGCAACGUUGGCAGCCGCAACGCAGAGCAACUCUACAGAUGGCUUUAAGCUUAGUUCGGAGCUGGAAACGUUGCUGAGCAUUUCCCAGAAGCUCGAGGAUGAGAAUCUGUUGAGUCGCGUGGGCGACAUUCUUGGCUCGAAGCGCAGCAGCGAGGAUCUGCAGAAUGAACUGAUGGAAUUGCUGGGCUUUGAGCACUUUGAGCUAGUCAUUCAACUGCUGCAGGAUCGCACCAAGAUUGCCCAGCAAUUGGAACAGUAUGCUUCGAGAUCGCGUCGCGUCAAGCAGGUGAAACAAAAAAAGGAACAGGCUAGCUCUGUCGGCGCCGAGAAACGACCCACUGUAGCCACCACUGUCGUGGUGCAAUCAGCGCAGGAGAAGCAGCUAGGCAAGCAGCAGCGGCGUGAGGAGAAGAAACUGCAACGCAUCAUGCGCAGCAUCAAGGACGAGGAGGAUGACGACGACGCCGGCGGUGCAGUGGCCAUCUCUGCACAGCAGCUGCGCAUGCAACAUCAGCGCAAGCUUCUGGAGGCGUCCCAGCGAGAGCCGCUGCUCCUUACUACCAAAGCGAUCAAGGCUGAGCAGUCCACGUAUACGGCCCCCAUUCGAUAUCCAUAUGUGUUCGACAGCCAACUGGAGGCCAAGCAGCAUGCCGGCUUUAUUGGAGGCAGUCGCAUAACGUUACCGGAGAAUGCAGAACGCAUCGACAACAAGCAGUGGGAGGAAGUCAAGAUUCCGGCAAGUGAACCGCCUCCAUUGACGGUUGGCAAUCAACGCAUCAAGAUUGCGGACUUGGAUGACAUUGGACAGAUGGCGUUUGCCAACUGCAAGGAACUGAAUCGCAUCCAGUCUGUCGUCUAUCCCGUGGCCUAUCACAGCAACGAAAACUUGCUGGUCUGUGCUCCAACGGGAGCGGGCAAGACAAACGUGGCCAUGUUGACCAUUGUUCACACGAUUCGCUGCCAUCUGGAGCAGGGCGUCAUCAAUCGGGAUCAGUUCAAGAUUGUCUACAUUGCACCCAUGAAGGCUUUAGCGGCGGAAAUGGUCGAGAACUUCUCAAAGCGCUUGCGAUCGCUGCAGAUCAGCGUUCGCGAACUGACAGGAGACAUGCAGCUGACUAAGGCGGAGAUGACUGCCACACAAAUACUGGUGACGACACCAGAGAAGUGGGAUGUGGUCACCAGAAAGGGCAGUGGAGAUGUGGCACUCAUCAGUCUGGUCAAGCUGCUUAUCAUCGAUGAAGUGCAUUUGCUGCACGGCGAGCGCGGUCCAGUUGUUGAAGCGUUGGUGGCACGCACGCUGCGUCUCGUGGAGUCCUCGCAAUCCAUGAUUCGCAUCGUGGGCUUGUCUGCCACACUGCCCAACUACAUCGAUGUGGCGCACUUCCUGCGCGUGAAUCCCAUGAAGGGCCUCUUCUACUUCGACUCACGCUUCCGCCCCGUGCCGUUGGACACGAACUUUAUUGGCAUCAAAUCAGUGAAACCUCUGCAGCAGAUUGCCGACAUGGAUCAGGUGUGUUACCAAAAGUGCUUGGAAAUGGUGCAGCAGGGACACCAAGUUAUGGUCUUCGUUCAUGCCCGCAAUGCCACGGUGCGAACUGCAAACGUGAUCCGUGAAUUGGCGCAGCAGAACAACACAAGUGCGCUCUUCCUGCCUGCGGAUAAUAAUGCACAUGGUUUGGCCAAUCGCUCCAUACAAAAGAGUAGAAACAAGCAACUCGUCGAGCUGUUUUCCUGUGGCUUGGCCAUGCAUCAUGCGGGCAUGCUGCGUGCAGAUCGUCAAAUGGUCGAGAAGUACUUUGUGGAGGGCCACAUCACAGUUCUUGUCUGCACGGCGACGCUUGCCUGGGGUGUCAAUUUGCCUGCACAUGCGGUCAUCAUUCGGGGAACGGAUAUCUACGAUGCGAAGCACGGCAGCUUUGUGGAUUUGGGCAUUCUGGAUGUGCUACAGAUAUUCGGACGAGCAGGAAGACCUCAGUUUGACAAGAGCGGAGUGGGCACCAUCAUCACCAGCUACGACAAGCUCAAUCACUACCUCUCGUUGCUGACCAAUCAGUUCCCCAUCGAAUCAAACUUUGUGCAGUGCUUGGCUGACAAUUUAAACGCAGAGAUUGGACUGGGUACGAUCUGCAACGUGGAAGAGGCUAUCGAGUGGCUUAGCUACACCUAUCUUUUUGUUCGUAUGCGCAUUAAUCCCCAUGUCUAUGGCAUUGAGUACGCCGAGCUGCAAAAGGAUCCCACGCUAGAGGCGCGUCGCAGGCAGCUAAUCAUGUCUGCAUCGAUGAGUUUGGACAAGGCGAAGAUGAUGCGCUUUAAUCAACGCACCAUGGACAUGAAUAUCACCGAUCUGGGACGCACUGCGUCCCACUUUUACAUCAAAUACGACACUGUGGAAACGUUCAAUGAGUUGAUGAAGCCAUUCAUGAAUGAAUCUGAGCUGCUGGCCAUGAUGUCGCAGGCGCAGGAGUUCCAGCAGCUAAAAGUGCGCGACGACGAACUGGAGGAGCUAGACGAGUUGCGCGAAUACUACUGCAAGUUGAAAGCCUUUGGUGGAAGUGAAAAUGUUUGCGGCAAGGUUAACAUUCUGAUACAAACUUAUCUGUCCAAUGGCUACGUGAAGUCCUUCUCGCUCAGCUCGGACAUGUCCUACAUCACGCAGAAUAUUGGCAGAAUUGCGCGAGCGCUUUUCUCUAUUGUACUGCGACAAAACAACGCUAUUCUCACAGGACGCAUGCUGCAGCUGUGCAAGAUGUUUGAGAGGCGGCAGUGGGACUACGACAGCCAUCUGCGUCAGUUCCCGGCCAUCAAUGCGGAAACCAUUGACAAACUUGAGCGUCGUGGAUUAAGUAUCUAUCGACUGCGUGAUAUGGAGCAGCGCGAGCUGAAGGAAUGGUUGCGCAGUGAUCGCUAUGCUGAGCUGGUCAUUCGCUCUGCACAGGAAUUGCCGCUACUCGAAGUGGAGGCCAGUCUGCAGCCCAUCACACGCACCGUGCUGCGUAUCACAGUCAAUAUUUACCCCGAUUUCACCUGGAAUGAUCGUGUGCAUGGCAAGACUAGUCAAAGCUUCUGGCUGUGGAUCGAGGAUCCCGAGUCCAACUACAUCUAUCACUCGGAGCUGUUCCAACUGAAUCGCAAGAGUGUUUUCAGCGGACAGUCGCAGCAGCUUGUGAUGACCAUACCACUGAAGGAACCACUGCCGCCACAGUACUACAUUCGCGUCACCAGCGACACUUGGCUGGGCAGCACCACCUGCAUUCCACUGUCCUUCCAGCACCUUGUGCUGCCCGAGCAUCAUCCGCCGCUCACGGAACUUCUGCCCUUGCGUCCACUGCCAGUGAGCAGCCUGCAGAACGAGCUUUAUGAGUCGCUCUACAGCUUCUCGCACUUCAAUCCCAUCCAGACGCAGAUCUUCCACUGCCUCUAUCACACGGACAACAACGUUCUGCUCGGCGCUCCAACGGGCAGCGGCAAGACAAUCGUUGCAGAGAUUGCAAUCUUUCGUGCUCUGAAUUUGGAUCCCAAGUGCAAAGUGGUCUACAUUGCGCCACUCAAAGCACUGGUCAAAGAACGUAUCUCGGAUUGGCAGCAACGUUUCCAGCGCUCCUCCCUCGGCCUUAAAGUAGUUGAGUUGACAGGCGACGUCACACCAGACAUUCAGGCCAUUCGCGAGUCGCAGCUGAUUGUGACCACGCCCGAGAAGUGGGACGGUAUCAGUCGAUCGUGGCAGACGAGAGAUUAUGUGCAGCAUGUAACGCUAAUUGUGAUCGAUGAGAUCCAUCUGCUGGGAGAGGAUCGUGGUCCAGUUAUCGAGGUCAUUGUGUCGCGUACAAACUUCAUUAGCUCACACACAGGCAGAUCCAUUCGCAUUGUGGGCUUGUCCACGGCACUGGCCAAUGCCCAGGACCUGGCCAACUGGCUGGGCAUCAAGCGCAUGGGUCUGUACAACUUUAAGCCCUCGGUGCGUCCUGUGCCGCUACAGGUGCACAUCAACGGCUUCCCAGGCAAGCACUACUGUCCCCGCAUGGCCACAAUGAAUCGACCCACAUUCCAGGCCAUUCGUACUUAUUCGCCAUGUGAGCCAACUAUUGUGUUUGUCUCUUCUCGUCGUCAAACGCGUCUCACAGCUCUAGACUUGAUCACUUUUGUGGCGGGCGACGAGAAUCCCAAGCAGUUCCUGCACAUAGCCGAACAGGAGAUGGAACUUAUUCUACAGAAUAUUCGCGAUCAGAACCUCAAGUUCUGCCUGGCAUUUGGCAUCGGACUGCAUCAUGCUGGUCUACAGGAGCCGGAUCGUAAAUGUGUCGAGGAACUGUUCCUUAACCGAAAGAUCCAGGUGCUCGUGGCCACAGCCACGUUGGCCUGGGGCGUCAAUUUACCCGCCCAUCUGGUAGUCAUCAAGGGCACAGAGUACUUUGAUGGUAAGGUGAAGAAGUACGUGGACAUGCCCAUCACGGAUGUGCUGCAGAUGAUGGGACGAGCGGGACGACCGCAGUUUGACAACGAAGGAGUCGCUGUUGUCCUGGUGCAUGACGAGAAGAAGAACUUCUACAAGAAGUUCCUCUACGAUCCGUUCCCCGUGGAGUCCAGUCUGCUGGGCGUGUUGCCGGAGCAUAUCAAUGCUGAGAUUGUGGCGGGCACAGUGCAGACAAAGCAGGCGGCUCUCGACUACCUCACCUGGACUUACUUCUUCCGCCGUCUGCUGCGGAAUCCCUCCUACUAUCAGCUGGAGGGCAUCGAGCCAGAGAAUGUUAAUGCUUUCAUGUCCAGCCUGGUGGGCAAAGUGGUCUACGAGUUGGAGGGAGCUGCCUGUGUUGUUGAGCGGGAUGGUUUCCUAGUACCCACUUUCCUGGGCCGCAUCAGCUCCUUCUACUAUCUGUCGUACCGCACAAUGAAACAUUUCCUGGACGAUCUGCAGCCUGGCAUGGACACCAAGGAGGUGCUGCUGGCUAUUUCCGACUGCUACGAGUUCGAUCAACAACCCGUGCGUCAUAACGAAGACAAAUACAACGAGCAGCUGGCCGAGACGAGUCGCUUCCGGCCACCCUCGGCCAGCUGGGACUCGCCAUACACCAAGACAUUCCUGCUGCUUCAAGCGCACUUCUCCCGCCAAACGCUGCCCAACUCAGAUUACUUAACGGACACCAAGUCGGCUCUGGACAAUGCGACGCGUGUGAUGCAGGCCAUGGUGGACUACACCGCGGAGCGUGGCUGGCUGUCGACCAGUCUGGUAGUGCAACAACUGAUGCAGUGCGUCAUCCAGGCACGCUGGUUCGACGCCUGUGAGUUCCUCACAUUGCCUGCUGUCAGCGAGGCCAAUGUGGAUGUGUUUCUAAACAUUGCCCACGAUAAUCACGACCAUCUGACGCUGCCAGUGCUAAAGGAGUUAUGCAGAAAUGACUACGAGCUGCUGGCUGCUCCGUUGCGCGACGCUUUCGAAGAGCACGAUAUAGAGCAGAUGUACAGGGUUAUUAAAGAGCUGCCCGAAUUGGCAAUGCAAGUAUCUGUGGAGGGUCGUUAUUUGGAGGAUGAGUACGCCAAGCGUCCACUCUCCAUUGCAGAAGGAACAGUUGUGUGGACUCCACUGCAUGCUAACGAAGACUAUGUGCUGUGCAUCGAUCUGCAGCGCCUUAACGUUGCCGGCCAACGACGCGCUCCUGGCCAGAGUUACACCAUCCACUGUCCCAAGUAUCCCAAGCCAAAGAACGAGGCUUGGUUCCUGACGCUCGGAUCACAGUCCAAUGAUGAGCUGUUGGCCAUGAAGCGACUGACUCUACGCGGCACUCGUUCCUCCAACCGCAUAUCCUUCCAGGCGACGCCUCGACGGGGGCGACUGCAACUCACGUUGUAUUUAAUGUCGGACUGCUUGAUUGGUUUCGAUCAGCAGUACGAUCUGCACUUUGAAAUUAUCGACGCCAAGGCAUAGAAGCUUCAACUUAGCACAACUAAUAUAUGCAUCCCAUUUCCACGUAUCACGAGCAUUCUUUAAGCUGGAGGCUGAUUUAGUCCAAUAGUAAUUCUAAUAAUAGUCGUAAACUAGCUUAGGACGUGAUGUGAUCCCCAGAUUUUGAAUUUUGAAUAACGCCUACGAAUAUGAUUAUGUUAAACAUUUUUAUAUUGCAGCUAAGCUAAGAAACCAUGUUGUAAUUAUCCCAUUAAAGCCAUUAAUUGAACUACAAUUAAGAAUGCCAAACUAAA